AUGAUGAGCCGCGCUGGCGGCGGCCAGUUGCCUCCACCACCAUCUCCACCUCCACCUCCAUCUCCACCACCACCGGAGUUCUACAUUGACCCAGAGCUGGCGGACAAUGAAGCGUCGGAGGAGGCGGCGCAAGCAACCACCAUAGCGGCGUUCGAUGCUGCCACGAUGGAAGAUACGUGCAUCCGUCGGGCGGAGGAGAUGGACCCAGAGGAGCAGGCGGCGCAGCAGUGGGCGAUCGUCGAGUCGAUCGAGUCGCAGAAGAAGCUGCAGGACAACACCGGUGCCCGCAAGGAGGACAACGAUGUGCGGGUUGAAGAAUACCUUGAUGUAGCCGGGUCCAAGGACCAAGAGGAAGAGGCGGUGGUGGAGCUUGAGGCAAAACAGGGUCAUGACCAGCUGAGGAGGCAGCCACAGAAGAUCCGGCUGCAGAGGAUGGGGACAGCGAACUAUCGUUGUCAUUAG